AUGGCGUACAAAGUGCUGAGAAAGCAAUUUGACAAUGGCGAGUUGGUUCAACGCAGCGAAAUUGCCAAGUCUGUCGUGGCGCAGGCCAUGAAGGGUGGAUUCCUCUCAUCGGCUUGCAUUAGCGCUCGAGUUACCUGCGAUCAACAGUAUACUAUGGAUCGAUGCCUCACCGAUCAUGCUUUGCACUUCUUCGCAAAAGGUUCCGUGACGGAGAAUUCCUUUGAGGAGAUGGGUGCGUACAGUUGCAGUUACAGUGGGGUACCCCUAACUGGCGAACGUUUUGUCACCAAAGGAAGACCAGCUUGUUCUCUUGCUCUCUUCAGAGUGGGUACAAUACAAUACACCGGCUUCCAAGGUUUCAAAAAAAUUGUUUUCGAAGUCGGACUUGCAGAAGCCUCCUCUACGGUUGCCACAAAUUAUCAAAGCUGUCAGUCCAAGUCCAACAUGGAAAUAGGUUACUCACAAUGGGGUGCGAUAGAGUAG